GACUGCGUUCAGAUCAGACAGAGCAACCAUGGCCAGUACAGACGCGAAACCACCAAAGGACGGGGAAAAGAAGAAUGGGGAGAAAAAGAACGAGGAGAAGACCCUCACGCCGACAGCCGAAAUCAAAGUUAACAUCGCCUUUAUCGAGCGAGCCGUGUCCGAGCUUGAACCGCGGUUUACUCACCGUGUAUUGCGAUCACUCACUGCGCUCAGGAAACGCACUAACGAUAAGGUCUUGCGAGAUGCCAUAGAAGAGAACUACCCAGCAGACUCGGCCAGGCCGAGAUGGAUUGUCGAUUCUACUGCCUACCCCCCAAGUACACCGCCUUCGAAACCUACCUCUGACCCCGUUCCCGAAGUGGAGAUAUACCUUCGUCUUCUCAUCAUUCACCACUUCCACACUUCCAAGGAGAAUUACGCCAAAUCCAUCCAACUGUCCAACGAGACAGUAGACAAAAUGCAAGCGCUAAAUCGCAGAAGUGUGGAUCCAAUUGCUGCGAAAAUAUGGUUCGCUGUCGAACGAUCGUACGAACUAAGUGGUGAACUCGCCGACGCGCGACCACUGUUUUUGGCGGCUCAGCGGACAGCCGCAUUGCGUCAUGACGAUGAUACGCAAGCUUCCCUCAUUAACCGUCUUCUCCGAAGCUAUCUCCAUUACAACUUGUACGAUCAGGCAGAUAAACUGGUUUCAAAAACCACAUUCCCUACCUCCGCCAGUAACCCCCAAUUUGCUCGGUACCACUACUUCUUGGGGCGCAUAAAGGCAGUACAAUUAAACUAUACCACUGCUCACACGAAUUUGCAAGCAGCCAUUCGCCGUGCACCACCUGCGAAAACAGCGCCUGGUUUCUACCAAGCCGUGCACAAGCUUUUCGUGGUUGUUGAAUUGCUGAUGGGAGACAUUCCCGAUCGUAGCAUAUUUAGGCACCCCGUCCUCGAGAAAGCGCUCGCUGCCUAUUUUGACAUCGUCAAGGUGGUCCGCACGGGCUCCCUCUCCGAGUUCCAGGCAACGUUGACGAAGCAUGCGGCACAGUUCGAAGCAGACAAAACAUACACUCUGAUCGUUCGUCUCCGGCAGAACGUCAUUAAGACUGGUAUCCGUCGCCUCUCCCUAUCGUAUUCACGCAUCUCCUUGCGUGACAUUUGUCUCAAGCUCCACCUUGACUCCGAAGAAGAUGCGGAAUACAUCGUUGGAAAGGCUAUCCGUGAUGGCGUUAUCGACGGUCGGAUUAUUCAUGAAAAAGGUUGGAUGGAAUGUGAAGGUAGAAAGAAUGGAUAUGGACCUGACGUCAGUGAGGUGUACAUGCGAAGAAUUGCGUACUGCAUGGAUCUCCACAACCAGAGUGUGAAGGCAAUGCGUUACCCCCAGGACGCUCACCGGAAAGAACUGGCCGCCGCGCAGGGAGCCCGAGAACGUGAGAGGGAGCUCGCCAAGGAAAUAGAGGAAGGAGACUUGGAUGAAGAUGACGGCGGUCUGGGUGGCUUUUGAUGAUCGAUGUCGGACAACACCCCUGGUCCCUCAUAGUUGCAGACAUCCGUGAUUCCUAUUAGGUCGGACUUCGUUGCAUGGAACCUAUUUCCAACGUGCCGAAUAAUAAUAUUCGUCAACGGCGGUACUGCACAGUACUAUUAGUAUCACACCAGGCUUGGAUCCGUAGGACUUCCAUAUAAGCGUCCAUCCCGGACUUCCCGGUGCCAACUUGAACCCUGUUUACUUAGCUACAAGCACAGAUACGAAGAAAGUAUGCAGAGGACACAUCCUAUGAUGUACCCUGCCGGAGCCAAAGCAGAUGACCG